AUGGAGGUGACCACCAUGACCCCAUCUCCGGCCUCACCCACUGCAGGGGACGAUCUCUGUGAGAUAAAUGUCACCAGCAUGGCCAUACACAGUGUGACACUGCUGAUCUGCCUCUGUGGGAUGGCUGGGAAUGGGGCUGUCCUCUGCCUCCUCAGCCCAAAAAUCCUUAACUCUGUCAUCUUUGACCUGGCUGUCAAUGACUUCCUUCUCUGCAUGGUCCCCUCUCCCCUUCUCUUCCUGGUGGAGGAUGUGUCCUGCUUUCCUAUUGUGCCUUUGCUGCACAUGAGCUUCCUUUCCCAUCUGUCUGUGUUCUUCUACUACUGGGGGGUGUUCUUGCUAACACCCUUCAAUCUGCUGCUGCUGGCAACUUCAAAACCACCUGAGGUUGUUGGUGUGGAGCACCUAACACUGGGCAUUUUCUCUUUCUUCACUGUCAUUCCCAUGAUGACUUCCCUGUGCCCAUCACACAAGCAGGAGCACUGCCAUGCAGCUCUCAUCUCCAUGUUCAUCAUCAUCCUGCUCCUCUUUGCUACACCCGUGGUAACUUCCCGUGCAAUCGACAUCAUCAACACCAGGUGUGGCUCCCAGCAGCAGCAAUCCAAGAGGAGAGACAUCAUUAUCUCUCUCACUGUGCUCUUCACUCUCCUCCUCAGCCUCUGCAAUUUCCUGCAGAAGCUCAGUUACAUCUCUGUGUUCACCCAUAUUUUCCUGCUCACCUGCAUCCACAGCAGCAUCAAACCCUUCAUCUCCUUCUUGGCAGGGAGGUGCUGGAGUCCCUGCUCCAUAGGGUCCCUCCACCUGUCACUCCAGAGGGUUUUCGAGGAGAAGGAAGUAAGAACUGCCAGAAGAAAUGGUGCAUACAGGGACACGGGAGUCUGA